GCUGCGCUCUGCCGUAGAUGCGGAAGUACGUUUUUACCGUGUAGUAAAGUCUUGGAGAAGUAACUUUAGCCUACAUUCCAAUUUCAAUACUCAUUAAACCAAUUUAAUAAGACCAUUAAACGUUCCGUUAAGCGAUUUGAUACAUAUAUUGCAAGCUUCAGAAUUACGUGUCUAGGUAAUUUAAUUCUCCACAAUGUCAUUGCAAUUGUUUUGCCGGCGCAGUGCACUAGCUAAGUGUUUGCUCUGUAAGUGGUAUUCACGUGGGCUGGUGGUCAACGUGCUCUAAUCUAAAUACGAUAAUAUUACACAUUAAUUUGUUGGUUUUCUCAGUUGUAGAUAGUGACGUCUUGUUAGUUAGCUAGUUAAAUGUGGGUUUAGCUGGCCUUGCAUGUAUUGCUCUGUAAAUUGUGAACAAUUGUUUAAAAUUAAAUCGAUGUGAUGGAUGCGCACGAGGAGACUGGUUUAGAAGCGGCAAAAGAAGUAAGCAAUCCUUCACGUGAAACCCGGGUUGACAGUGCAUCGGCUCCGAGGCAUCAGAAAAUAGGGGUCCAUUUCUGUGGAUCCACCCCUCUGAUAUGGCAGGCGGCCGACGUGAAAGCAGCCCGAGAGACUGGUGUAGUUGGAACCCUUGUGGGCUCAUUGGCCCGUCAGCCUCGACAGAACAACCGACUGGGCAGACCACUGGAGCUUCUGCAAGAGGAGGCGAGGUUGCUAAGCGAGACAGCUCAAGCUGUGCUUCUCCCUGCCCCGGCGAGUACAGAUGCUGCAAACGUGCAGGGAGUUGAGCAAUAUCUAGAGAGGCUGGAUCGGAGCUACGAGGAGCAGAAGGCCCUGGCGCUGCAGGAAAGGAAAGCCAUGGUGCUGAGAGCGCUGGCGCAGAAACCAGCAGAUGCAGAGGAGAUUGAAUCUGUGGACCAGAGUGUGCAGGAUCGGUUGGAUGCCAUCGAGACGAGCUUCUCUCUCCCUCGUACAGCCAUGGCAAUCCAGCUGCACACCGCCAGGGCGGGACUAAGCCACGCACCCGAGGAGAGGCAUUUUCUAGCAGCUGAUUGGCCAAAGCCUCGGGACGAGAGGUCGGAGACCAGGUUCCGUGUUUUCCGCGAUUUGAGGCGACAGGGUUUCUACCUCACCUCCGCUGGCAAGUUUGGGGGAGAUUAUCUGGUGUAUCCAGGUGACCCUCUCCGUUUCCAUGCCCAUUUCAUCGCUGUGUGUGUUCCAAUGGACCUGCCUACACCCCUGUGUGACCUGCUGGCUCUCUCACGGCUGGGAGCCAACGUGAAGAAGACCGUAUUGCUGUGCUCGCCCAGUGACGGUGACGAGGGUGGAGAAGAGGAAGAGGAGGUGGUGUACACAUCACUGCAGUGGAGCGGAAUGGUGUAGCGCCUGCAGGACUGACUCACUCGCUGCUUCCUCUCGAACAUGCACCAUAACCUGGAUGGACCUUACCCAUUAAUUUGGUAGUGGGAGAAGUUGGUCCAUUAUCAGGGGAUGUAUGGCUACCCAAACCAACACACAGUGUGAGCUGAUUACAAGUGAAGAGCAUUCACUUAAUUACCGAUGUAUACACUCUGUUGGAUGUCAUUGCUUAAGACUGACAUAUCAUACAAGUUGUGAACGGCAAAUAUUUUACCAGAGCUUAAAUAUUAAAGCAUUGGUUGGUUUAAACCUGUUUGUCAGUACACAGGUUCCAAAUAUGGUUUUCAGAAUAAUGGUGCAUCAAACAUGCAUAAAAUAUACAAAAGCUGUAUACACUAAGCUCCCUUGGCCACAGACAUAUAAUUUGCACCAAACUUAUUUUUCACUUCUACUUUAGGUUAUACAAUGUGGAGUUCCAAAUGGAACUACUUAAGGCUCAGCAUGAGUGUGUACUCCUUAAGUAGUUUUGAAGUAUACAGUAUGUGUGCAGAAUUCAGAGUUGAUGAUAUGUAGUGAUGUUAUUUAUGAAGUAAAAGUAUGUUUACAUUUUCAGCAAUACAAACUUACACUUCUGUGUGUCGCCCCC